CACUCCACAUCCCGCUCUUUUUAAAUCCGGUUUGCCCAUGGCCAAAACCCUAGCUCCUCAAACCUUAAUAAUGCACCUCCAAUUCCCGAUCCCUCUCCUCUCCUUCUGUCUGGAUCCACUUCUCCUGUCCGAGAUCUUUACGUCGACCUAAAUUUCACCUCUUUUGGUGGAGAAUUUCCGAAUAUCCGGUGGUUUUUUCUUUUUUAUGUGUUAUUAAUUUGUGUCAUUGUUUGGAUUGGUGGGGUUUGAUUGUGAUAAUGGUGGAGAUCGGGAGGUUCUCCUUCCACAACCUCCGGCGGUCGCUGCAGGCGUUUUUCUCGACCCCCAGUACUCUCUUUUUGGUGCUCUGGGUCGUGGGUUUCGGGACAGUGUUCCUAUGGCAGAGCAGCUCCGUCGACGGGCUCCGGUUCUUCCGGCGGGUGCUGCCGGUGAUGGCGGCGCCAAGGCUCCGGCCGGUGUCGUACAAUAUCACGGAUUUUGGUGGAGUUGGGGAUGGAGUGACACUGAAUACUAGGGCGUUUGAGCGGGCGGUGGCGGCGAUCGCGAGGCGCGGGAGGAGGGGCGGCGGGCAGCUCAAUAUACCGCCUGGAGUCUGGCUGACAGCGCCGUUCAACCUCACCAGCCAUAUGACUCUCUUUCUUGCAGAAGGUGCCGAGAUUCGUGGAAUUGAGGAUGAGAGAUAUUGGCCAUUAAUGCCUCCAUUGCCAUCAUAUGGAUUUGGGAGGGAACAUAAGGGACCUCGAUAUGGAAGUCUGAUCCAUGGCCAGAAUCUGAAGGAUUUGGUUAUAACAGGGCACAAUGGUACCAUAAAUGGACAAGGUCAAGCAUGGUGGACAAAAUUUCGCAAAAGACUUCUCAACAACACUAGAGGGCCUCUUGUGCAGAUCAUGUGGUCCAAAGACAUAGUUAUUUCCAACAUAACUCUGCGUGAUUCUCCCUUCUGGACACUCCAUCCCUUCGAUUGCAAGAAUAUAACCGUCACAAAUGUUACCAUCUUGGCUCCUGUUACUGGAGCUCCAAACACAGAUGGCAUAGAUCCCGAUUCAUGUGAAGAUGUGGUGAUAGAGAACUGUUACAUAUGCACAGGUGAUGAUGGAAUAGCUAUAAAGAGUGGUUGGGAUCAGUAUGGAAUUGCAUAUGGGCGUCCAUCCACUAACAUUUUAAUCCGCAAUCUCACUGUUCGCUCUGUGAUGAGUGCUGGAGUAUCAGUAGGCAGUGAGAUGUCUGGAGGAGUUUCGAAUGUUACGGUGGAAAACCUUAAUGUCUGGGAGUCAAGGCGUGGCAUCAGAAUAAAGACCGCCCCUGGGAGAGGGGGCUACAUCUGCAACAUAUCCUACCACAAUGUGACCCUUGAUAAUGUUCGUGUUGGCAUCAUGCUUAAGACUGAAUACAAUGAGCACCCUGAUGAAGAUUUCGAUCCGAAGGUUGUUCCCCUUAUCGAGAACAUAACCUUCAGUGGGAUUCAUGGCCAGGGAGUCCGUGUCCCAGUUCGGAUCCUUGGCAGUGGGGACAUCCCCGUGAAAGGUGUUAGCUUCCGUGACAUGGCAGUGGGUAUAACCUACAAGAAGAAGCACAUCUUCCAGUGCUCAUAUGUUCAGGGACGUGUGAUUGGGUCCAUCUUCCCUGCACCAUGUGAGAACCUCGACCUUUAUGAUGAACAGGGGCAGCUGGUGAAGCGAUCAGGGUCACAUAACAGCACCGACAUUGACUAUGACAUUUGAAAAAUUUGUUUAGAUGGAGGACUGCUGGGUUAUUAUUCCUCAGCGGUGAUAAUUCUGUCAAGCAUCUAUGACCAAGUUUUACUUCUCCCCUUUGUUUUUGUUUCCCUUUUUUUAGGGGGCUUGUACAUACAGCGGGUAUUUGGUUGGAAGGAAUUGGGCUGUUUGAAAGAGAGGAGUCCUAUUCCAUUUCAAUUCUGAUUCUGGAGUGGUAUGGGAAUAGUUUAGUCCUUUUAAAAUUUAAUCAU